UAACUGUGUAAAUGGUUUAGUCCUAGGUCUAGGAUGGCCGCUGCUGUGGGUGUAAACAAGCAGGGAACCGCAGCAACGAUGGACGUCUGUGUUCGGCACGUCAGGGGGGCCACAAGCAGCACGGUGAAGGUGUUGGAGUGUGGGGUGUGUGAAGAUGUCUUCUCUCUCCAGGGGGACAAGGUCCCCCGGCUGCUGCUCUGUGGUCACACAGUCUGUCAUGACUGUCUGACCCGGCUGCCCCUGCAUGGUAGAGCCAUCCGCUGCCCCUUUGACAGACAGGUCACAGAGCUGGGGGACUCUGGUGUGUGGGGUCUGAAGAAGAACUUUGCCCUGCUGGAGCUUCUGGAGAGGCUGCAGAAUGGAGCGUCCAGCCAGUUGAGUAUGGCAGAGGACGCCCUAACAGGCAUGGGAGAGUCUAUAAUCCGCUGUGACGAGGACGAGAGCCACACGGCAUCUAUGUACUGCACCGUGUGUGCCACCCACCUGUGUGCCGACUGCUCCCAGCUCACCCACUCCACCCGCACCCUAGCCAAGCACCGGCAGGUACCCCUGGCAGACAAGCCCCACGAGAAGACACUAUGCCCGCAGCACCAGGUCCACGCCAUCGAGUUCGUCUGUCAGGAGGAGCUCUGCCAGCCUGGGCCGCUCAUGUGCUGCGUGUGCAAAGAGUACGGCAAGCACCAGGGACACAAGCAUGCAGUUCUGGAGGCAGAAGCCAAUCAGAUCCGUGCGUCUAUCCUGGACAUGGCCCACUGUAUCCGGACGUUCACAGAGGAGGUGUCGGAAUAUUCCAGGAAGCUGGUUGGGAUCGUACAGCAGAUUGAGGGAGGAGAACGGAUAGUGGAGGAUGGCAUCGGCAUGGCACACACCGAACAUGUCCCAGGCACGGCAGAGAGCGCGCGGUCCUGCGUACGGGCCUACUUCGCCGACCUCCACGAGACGCUGUGCAGACAGGAGGAGAUGGCGCUCAGUGUAGUGGACGCACAUGUCAGGGAAAGGCUCAUUUGGCUCCGGCAACAGCAGGAAGACAUGACCAUCCUACUGUCCCAGGUGUCCACAGCCUGCCUGCACUGCGAGAAGACACUGCAGCAGGAUGACUGCAGAGUGGUCCUGGCCAAGCAGGAGAUCAACAGACUGUUGGAGACUCUGCAGAAACAGCAGCAGCAGUUCACUGAGCUGGCCGACCACAUCCAGCUUGACGCUGGUAUCCCCGUCACAUUCACCAAGGACAACCGGGUCCACAUCGGCCCUAAGAUGGAGAUCCGGGUGGUGACCCUGGGAUUGGAUAGUGCUGGGAAAACCACCAUCCUUUUCAAACUGAAACAGGACGAGUUUAUGCAGCCCAUCCCUACCAUAGGUUUUAAUGUGGAGACAGUGGAGUAUAAGAAUCUCAAGUUCACCAUCUGGGACGUUGGUGGGAAACAUAAGCUACGGCCUCUCUGGAAGCACUAUUACCUGAACACACAAGCGGUGGUGUUUGUGAUUGACAGCUGUCACAGGGAUAGGCUGAUGGAGGCCCACAGUGAACUGGCCAAACUUCUGACAGAGAAGGAGCUGAGAGACGCCCUGCUGCUCAUCUUCGCCAACAAACAGGAUGUCCCAGGGGCUGUGUCGGUGGAGGAGAUGACGGAGCUGCUGAGUCUCCACAAGCUGUGCUGUGGGAGGAGCUGGCACAUCCAGGGAUGUGAUGCCCGCAGUGGCAUGGGGCUCCACGAGGGCCUGGACUGGCUGUCCCGACAGCUGGUGGCUGCAGGUGUACUGGAUGUGGCCUAGACCUCCCCUUACUGCAGGGGGGCUGGAUGUGGCCUAGACCUCCCCUUGCUGCAGGGGGGCUGGAUGUGGCCUAGACCUCCCCUUGCUGCAGGGGGGCUGGACGUGGCCUAGACCUCCCCUUGCUGCAGGGGGGCUGGACGUGGCCUAGACCUCCCCUUGCUGCAGGGGGGCUGGACGUUGCCUAGACCUCCCCUUGCUGCAGGGGGGCUGGACGUGGCCUAGACCUCCCCUUGCUGCAGGGGGGCUGGACGUGGCCUAGACCUCCCCAUGCUGCAGGGGGGCUGGACGUGACCUAGACCUCCCCAUGCUGCAGGGGGGCUGGACGUGACCUAGACCUCCCCUUGCUGCAGGGGGGCUGGACGUGGCCUAGACCUCCCCUUGCUGCAGGGGGGCUGGACGUGACCUAGACCUCCCCUUGCUGCAGGGGGGCUGGACGUGGCCUAGACCUCCCCUAGACCUCCCCAUGCUGCAGGGGGGCUGGAUGUGGCCUAGACCUCCCCAUGCUGCAGGGGGGCUGGACGUGGCCUAGACCUCCCCUUGCUGCAGGGGGGCUGGACGUGACCUAGACCUCCCCUUGCUGCAGGGGGGCUGGAUGUGGCCUAGACCUCCCCUUGCUGCAGGGGGGCUGGACGUGGCCUAGACCCCCUCCUUGCUGCAGGGGGGCUGGACGUGACCUAGACCUCCCCUUGCUGCAGGGGGGCUGGACGUGACCUAGACCUCCCCUAGACCUCCCCUUGCUGCAGGGGGGCUGGACGUGACCUAGACCUCCCCUAGACCUCCCCUUGCUGCAGGGGGGCUGGACGUGACCUAGACCUCCCCUAGACCUCCCCAUGCUGCAAGGGGGGCUGGACGUGGCCUAGACCUCCCCUAGACCUCCCCAUGCUGCAGGGGGGCUGGACGUGGCCUAGACCUCCCCAUGCUGCAGGGGGGCUAGACGUGACCUAGACCUCCCCUUGCUGCAGGGGGGCUGGAUGUGGCCUAGACCUCCCCUAGACCUCCCCUUGCUGCAGGGGGGCUGGACGUGGCCUAGACCUCCCCUUGCUGCAGGGGGGCUGGACGUGACCUAGACCUCCCCUUGCUGCAGGGGGGCUGGAUGUGGCCUAGACCUCCCCUAAACCUCCCCUUGCUGCAGGGGGCUGGACAUGGCCUAGACCUCCCCUUGCUGCAGGGGGGCUGGAUGUGGCCUAGACCUCCCCUUGCUGCAGGGGGGCUGGACGUGGCCUAGACCUCCCCUUGCUGCAGGGGGGCUGGAUGUGGCCUAGACCUCCCCUAAACCUCCCCUUGCUGCAGGGGGCUGGACAUGGCCUAGACCUCCCCUUGCUGCAGGGGGGCUGGAUGUGGCCUAGACCUCCCCUUGCUGCAGGGGGGCUGGAUGUGGCCUAGACCUCCCCUUGCUGCAGGGGGCUGGACGUGGGCUAGACCUCCCCUUGCUGCAGGGGGGCUGGAUGCGGCCUAGACCUCCCCUUGCUGCAGGGGGGCUGGAUGUGGCCUAGACCUCCCCUUGCUGCAGGGGGGCUGGAUGUGGCCUAGACCUCCCCUUGCUGCAGGGGGCUGGACGUGGGCUAGACCUCCCCUUGCUGCAGGGGGGCUGGAUGCGGCCUAGACCUCCCCUUGCUGCAGGGGGGCUAGACGUGGCCUAGACCUCCUCUGAUUACUGACUUCUGUUACCAAGUAAAACCCCCUUACCAUAGAUCCCAGAACGAUCUUUUUAAACCAUCCACACCAUAAAGACCUGUCCACCAUAGACCUGCACCAGUCACAUCUACCUAAACCUUUUACUUGAUGAUUGACUUAUGGUAGACACAGUCCAACCCAUACACUAAAGACCCGUCCUACCAAAGUCUCAUCCCAUACCUUUCAGUUCUACCCUAAAUCCCAUACCUUUCACCCCAUACCAAGGCCAUAGCCCUACAUCCCAUACUAAGGCCCUAGUCUUUUACCCCAUACUAAGGCCUUAACCCUACAUCCUAUAGCCGUUCUACCCUUCUCACCCCUAACCUGCGGAUAAGCUUCUAACCCACAGCCAGUGAAUCCAUCAUUAGUCGUAAUGCUUUGUACUCUGCUCUGUCGUGGGUAUGCUAACAGGGCCAGGUUAUAGGGAUUCCCUCAAGCGUACUAAACUAACCUGCUUAUAAGACUACACAUUCCCAUAUUGCCUCAAUGCAGAUCAGAUGAGAUUCAUUUCAUGGCGAAACUCCAUGUUGUAGAUUUUUUUCGUUGGUACCAAUGUACUUGACUUGUGAUGAUUUCAUGUAAUGCAGCAUCAGGUCUUGAAAUGACACUGGUAGUGGGCUGAGUUCAGCUAUUAUUUACAUUGGUUAAAUAGUGCAGUUGGGUGGGUGGGGGAUAUUGUAGUAGCUGUGGUGGGAAACGUCUAAAGUGUUAUAUGAAAUCUUUCUCCCACCUGUUUUGUGGAGUGUCUUGCAUGCAGAAUUCAUUGGAUGCACUUUUCUGCCGCUUCAAUACAUCUGGGUUGUGCUCAUGAGGGUGCAAUGUUUGACUCAUGUUGCAGAUGUAUAGACUAGACAUGAUUCCUUCAUCUAAUUGACAGAGGAUGAUCUACACACUAUAUUUCUGAACGUUCAAGAAUGUUGUGCCCUACAGAAUGUGAUACUUGCUUCUUUUGAAACCAGGGCACAACCUGUGAUGGUCUUCUGUUUUAGCCCAUCUGUCUCGAGUGCUGUUUGUUACAUUCUACAUUAACGUUACCCACAUGUAGAUGUGAAACUUAGUCAAAACAUUAACCAAACACCUUUCAACUCCUGUUAUUGUAUGGAGGAACCAUCCUGUGGUUUGAAUUCACUUUCCUCAUUGCUAUGUAAUGUUACUACUUCUAUGUGAAAAUAAAAUGCAUGUGUGAAGAGCCCUCUGUUAAAGGA